ACAUAGCCUGUGGUGUUUUAUAUUGGUCAGAUGUCAUCAAAAACACAUCAAUUGUCAUGUAUAAAAUACAAGUACAAUAAAUUGCACAUGCAAAUGUGCAAGUCUUAAGUGUGUAAAGUUUGAUGUACACAGACAAAAAAUUAUACUGAACAUUUCACAUCCGAAAAAAAACUGGAUUAGGGUUACCGCCCCUGAUUUGUGGAUUACCCGUUUGUUAUGUAGGAGAGAGAUAUAGUAAACUAAGCGGCCGGUCGAUAUCAUAUCAAAUAUAAACAUAGUGAGGAAGAACAGUUUGACGUCACUAAAUAAAUGUAGCUUUCUUAUCACUCAAUAAUACGAAGAUGUUUUACCAAUAUGAUGUUUUUGUAACAUUUGGAAUCUUGGCUAUAUCUCUGGUUUCAGGGGUUGAAAUUGAAGGUAUACGGCACCAGGGAAAGCGCACGUUUUUAGAAGGUGCAGGCAUUAAUUUGACAUGUAGUCAAAACACAGGUACAGAUAUGAGUAACAAACUGACGUUCUCGAUUCCAAGUGUAACUGACACAAAUUAUACCCAAACCAGGAGUUUUGAUAGCAAAACUGGAUUAAGUACACUAGUUAUAAGUAAAGACAAACUUGUUGAAGGGGACACUGGAACGUACACCUGCAAAUUUGAUGGUUCACAAGAACAAUCCGUAUCCAUUGAAGUGUUCCGAGAUACGAAAGAAAAUGAUCGAAAAAAUUUCCAGACAACCUCUAGUAUUUACACAGAAGGGGAAACACUAACACUGGUAUGUCCAGUAUUAAGUGCAUUAAUGGCUAAUGUCACAUGGUCAAGAGACAUUAGUCCCGCACUGGACAUGGUUGAACGGGCAAGUUAUUCUGUUUAUGGUAAAACAACAAAAAAUGGACAAUUAAAAAUAACAGACCUUAUACCAGAAGACAGGGGACAUUAUAUGUGUACAGCUAAAUGGUACUCCGGAGAAGCUACAUUCAAACACUUAGUUCGUGUGAAAAGUCGACUUGCACCUUUAUGGCCAGCCAUCGGCAUAAUAGCUGAAAUAAUAGCUUUAAUUUUGAUUAUCGUUCUUUGUGGCAGGAAGAAAAAGGACUCAGCACCAUUAUCACCACCUCCAUCUACCUCUGGGAGUAACGAGAAAGGAGGAAAUCGAAGAAAAUACGUCACAACAUCAACGUGAAUUAAUUUAUUUUUAAAUGACAAAAUAUUGGGAGGGUUUUUAAAGAAUUGGGAUACAGCUUUUUACUUUUAUAUUUGGUUACAAAGCUAUCAUUAAAAAACUGUACUAUUAUUAUACUUCAAUACUGUUAUUUAUUACAAAGCAAUAAUUAUAUAGCCACUGAGAUUUUCUUUAAAUGGUAUGAGUUUAAUAGACAUGUAAUAUGUACGUAAAAUCAUUUGAAUUGUAUGGAUAGGAGAAGCAAACUAUGGGUAAGCGAUAUUACACUUGAUAAAUACACCCACGAGAAUAUUGUCUGAUGUAUAUCCACGCAUAUCCUUUUUUCUUCAAUGACAUAAUUGAGGUACAGAUAAGUAAGAGGGAACGAGAACGAAAACCCCAAACAUUUUCAUGCAGCAUGUAUAUAUUUCCCCAGAACGAAGUUCUUCCAUUAAGGUUGAUAUAAGUAAAAUGACUUGUAACACUAAAUGUAGAGCUGAUAAUAUCUCAGGGUUUCUAUUGAAUGCUUUAUUCAUUUGAACAGCUAUGUUGUUACAAAGGAUAUCCUAGUAGAAAGAUCAACAUUAUUGGAUUUUUUAUUGAAUUACAUUCUUUUACUUUGCAAGUUGCCUGUGUGAAUAUUGCUUCUAUUCCAAUACACAGAAUGCAUAUUGAUUGUGAAAAGAAUUAACUAUCAUUGUACUGGAGAACAGUUACUUUACAUUAGGCUGUACAAAUUGAUUUAGAAUCUGUUGUAUAUACAUAUGUGUUUGUAGUGGAAAAAAAAUGCUAAUUGCAUCACAUAGUUUGUGAUUGGGUUGAUUGAGAGUGAAAUUUUAAUUUUAUUUCUUGUAUCAUGCUUACCCUUAUUACUGCUGAUGUUCAUCAUUGUAAGACGUAAACGUUUCUGUGCUGGAAGAGAAAGAAAAACACCAAUGUGUAAAUUGUAUCUUAAAUGUUUCAUUUUUUAUUAGGGAACUUUUUCAUCAUUGUAAAAACAAAAUUUUAAUUGGAUUUCUCAAAAUACUCAAGAAAUAUAUACGAAACAGUGGUCGUUUAAAUUUUUAGAACAUCAGUCGUUUCUACCAUAAACACGAGUAGCACUAUAAUUUUUAAAGAAUCCAAUUGGUAAUGUCGUGAGUAUUUUAUAUUAGUUAUCAAAAGUGGUAUUUCUUAUUAGCCAUUUUUUACAUACUGUUGAAAUUUUAGAAUAAUCUUUUUAAGAAAAAAAAUCACGCUGCUAUUGUUUUAACUUGAUAAAAUUGAUUGUUGACAUUUAGAGACAUUUUCACCGUUUUGUUUACUUGCUUUUAUCUUCCAUAAUUUGAAGGAUAGGCGUAAAACGUAUGUAAACAAGAAUGGGACAUAUAAACACACAGAUUAAUGCAGACUACGAGCUGCUUGUAAACUAACUCAGAAAAUAAAACAGCCCAUUUUUCUCAUGUUAGUAUCCUUUACAUAGUGUUUAUACAUUGGAUUAUUUUUUAAAGAUGGAUUUAGUAUAAGUCUGCACGAUUUAUGGGACAUGACCAACGUCUUGUUAUAGAUUUCUAGAGAAGCGUCUGUUACUAAUACAAAAGAGGUCAGAUGUUAACAUAUAUGAAAAAUCAAUAUAACAACUGUUUGUCUUUGUACAAAUUAUUGUUUGUUAUCAUUGUGCAAAUCACAUGAGGUCAACAUAGUUUAGACCUAACACGUGUAGAACGUAAUGUAAUAUAAAUUUUAUACUAAAGUUAUCUUUCCUAUUGCAGAAAUUCUUACUGUCAGCAUUAAUGUUAUUUAACUAUUUUGUUUGUGUCAAAUGUGUUUACUCUGACUGUGAAUGAAAGAACCUUGUCAUGUUUAUUUGAUGUUUUUGGGGAUAUUAGCUGUUGGCAUACAAAAUACAUGGAGUAAACUUUUUAUUCAUUUGCACUUCAUUUCUAUUUUUUAAGUAUGAAACCUGCUGUAAUUUUAUUAAUUUUAAUAUUUUUGAAACCUCUAUUUGAGCAACUUCUAUUUCACUUAUAUAUCAUACUAAUCUGACAUAUUUAUAUUUACUAGUAUUGCAAUUUUAAUUUGUGAUGGGACAUCUUUUUUACAUUAGAGUUAUCUCCCUUUUACCAGAAAUAAAAAAUGUUAUAGCAAAAACCUCUCGUGUAUUUCUAAGCGACAUACAGGAUAAGAACUGUGAUUAUUUAACCUUUUAAAAGACAGCAAAUAACAGUUAAAAUAUAAGAAAAUAUGACAAAUAAUCUAGUUAGAAAUUUUUAUUGGAAUGUGUUUUGGUAAAUAAAAAUAUAUGGUAACGUAUUUGAAUACAAGCAUUUUGCAUUUGCCCGCAAUUACAGAGGUUUUCCUGAAACAUGUUGACGUCACAAGAGAAAUUGCUUGACGUCAAAGUUUACAGAUUAUGUCCUUCCAUUAUUUUAGGUCAAUUUUUGCAUACUGACUCGUUUCAAGUUUAUGCACGUCAGAUGUGUGUUGAAACAUUUUACAUUUGUCAUUUGUUUUUUAUUUCAAUAUCGAAGAAAGGAUGCAACAUGUUUUAGCUUUAUUGUUAGGAAUUUUAUUAUAAAUAGUUGUUUUUAUUGUAAGAAAUGUUUGUAUAUGCAUUUACCCGUUUUGAUUGUAAAAUAGACUAAUACCGUUUUUAUUUCUGAAAAUAAAUUUAAAGAAAUUUUA